CUCCAUCCCAGUCAGGUCAUAUUAGAUUUUUCAGUCCACCCUGUUGGACGUUUACACAGUUUCCUUUCUCGCGCCGGUCGAUAAUAAUGCUAUUCUGCUACACCGACCUGUAGAACGUCAUUUGUAACCAGCCUACAACUGUAAUCAAUUCGAGCAUCCGAGAUGGGUCAGAAAGUUUCGCGCAGCGACUUCGAAUGGGUGUACACGGAGGAGCCGCACGCCUCGCGUCGUAAGAUCAUCCUGGAAAAGUACCCGCAGAUCAAGAAGCUGUUUGGUCACGACCCCAACUUUAAGUGGGUGGCCGGCGCAAUGGUGCUCACCCAGAUCCUGGCACUGUUCGUUGUAAAGGACUUAUCGUGGUUAUGGCUCCUUGUGGCCGCUUACUGCUUCGGAGGCAUCAUCAACCACUCGCUGAUGCUGGCCGUGCACGAAAUAUCGCACAACCUGGCCUUCGGUCACAGCAGGCCCAUGCACAACCGGAUACUUGGCUUCAUCUGCAACUUGCCCAUCGGCUUGCCCAUGAGCAUUUCGUUCAAGAAAUACCAUCUAGAACAUCACCGUUAUCAAGGUGAUGAGGCAAUCGACACUGACAUACCCACACUGUUGGAGGCGCGUCUUUUUGACACCACGUUCGGAAAGUUUUUGUGGGUGUGCUUGCAGCCUUUCUUCUACAUUUUCCGUCCAUUGGUGAUUAACCCGAAGCCACCUACGCGUCUGGAGAUCAUCAACACCGUGGUGCAGCUUACCUUUAACACACUGAUUGUUUACUUCUUGGGCUGGAAGCCACUGGCCUAUCUGCUGAUCGGAAGCAUUCUCGCCAUGGGCCUGCACCCGGUGGCCGGACAUUUCAUCUCGGAGCACUACAUGUUUGCCAAGGGCUUUGAGACCUACUCAUACUACGGCCCGCUCAACUGGAUCACCUUCAAUGUGGGCUACCACAACGAGCAUCACGACUUCCCAGCGGUGCCCGGCUCCCGGUUGCCCGAGGUUAAACGUAUCGCUAAAGAAUUCUAUGACACGAUGCCCCAGCACACCAGCUGGACCCGGGUACUUUAUGAUUUCAUCAUGGACCCAGCGGUGGGACCAUACGCCCGAGUGAAGCGUCGCCAGCGCGGCCUGGCCUCCUAAGCAUUCGAUGCUAUUCAAGGUUUCCUGCCAUGAAUAUAAUCUCAACAUUAGACCUAAAGCGGCUUUUUAUGUAUAAAUACAUCGUAGACACAUUAAAGGAUGUAGAAGAAUCAAGGGAGCAACCAAAUAUAUAGCACCAGCUAAUCUAUAAUGAUUAGAUAAAGAACAUUCAGACACUCGCAGCGGCUGAUUUAAACUAUUUCGUGUAUAUAUACAUUUUGGUAUUAUUGCUAGACUGUGAGCUAAGUGUGACUCCGUUGGCUUUAAUUAAUUGUUACCUCGUAAGUUAAAAAAAAUGUUAAAUCUAGUGUGUAAUACUUGUCCUAUUGUCUUAGUAUUUUCGACACAUAUUUAUAUUGCUUUCAAAUCUUAAAUAUAAAGGUAUUAGUCGGUGUGUUUUGUCCAACCAACCAAGCACCUACUAUUUUUAUAGACUUUUGAAACUGUUACCUAAGAAUAAAGUCGAAGACAAGUGUUUGGCCGGGGGUGGCUGCAUAUACAGACUACAUUUGUAACUUGUGAGCAAAAUAUGAUAAUAAAUAAAUGCAAAUCCAAUGUAA